CCAGCCUUGUUGGAGGUCCAGCUGUGGCUGCUGCUGCAGGUGCUGAAGGAGGCGCUCGCCCUGAAGCUGCUGCACCAGCUGAAGCCGGGGAUGGUCUUGGCCAGCCUGCGGUUGCGGGAGCUGGCUCCGGAGCCACCGGGCGACCCGGUGGAAGUGAGGAGCCCGACUCUUCUCCACAGGAUGGAGUCGUUGCCGCGCCAUUUUCCAAGGGCCACACGAGUGACGGCAGUCUGGUACUACAGCACCAAGCUAAUUCUACUGACUUGCGUUGCCACAGUUUCAAUAUUGAAUAUCAAUUGGAGUCACACCUAGUGAAAAAGUGAGGCGGACUGCUUCCCGCAUGGCAGAUUUUUCAGGUGUGUAACUGUCUCUUGCCUUUACUCCUAGGGCUCAUCAGAGCAAUAAAGUCGAUGGGACUUCUUAGCGUCGAUUGUUUAGGAGAUCAUAUUACGAUGAACGCCCCCCCUUGCCGGUUACUUCGCUGAAAAAAUGCAAGCAGGUUUUUUUUUGAAACUCGUUCGUGGCUUAUAUAUUUAUACAUAGUUCUCUCCGAUAGUUGUAGACUUGUGGUCGUUGGCUUACGGUCUUAUGCUCCGCCAGUAUGUAACUACAUCUACAAGUGCUUAAUUGUUAUUCUCUAAUUAUCAAUCCCGUUCACCAAGGUAAACACAAUGCUGACAUUUGCGGACACCCAGAGCAGUCUUCAAUGGACUUCCUCUCAUGUUUACGCUUUGAAUCCGGCCUUAACAUACGACUUGUCUGCGGUUCCGCUAAUUUCUCAAUGGGCUGCGCGGCUCCAGGAUGAAACCGAAACUAAAGCUGAAGGAAACUCAGAUGUUGAUACGAAACUAAUGUACAGAGGAGCUGCAUUAAGGGAUAGCCUCUCCGCUCAUCUGCAAGGGCAGCCUGCUCGCCUUCCGGAUGGGACUGAAAUUCCUCUCGAGUGGAUUGUAGACGAGAGCUGCGAAGCGUUCUGUGGGGGAAAGACUCAACAUUUUGUCAAGGACGGCGAUGAGGAGCUGAAGUGGAACAAAAUAUUGGAGAAAUUCGAAUUUGUGGUCGAUCCAGAUCAAGAAUCAGUACAAGCUCACUACAGCUCCAAGAAAUUGCAAGAAUUCCUGCUGGAUUUGGAAACUGAAGAUGGUCUGCGACGUGAUGAUCCUGCCAUAAAGAUUGUCGAGGGCGAGUACUUGCGCAUCGAAUAUGUUCCACGACCUCUGGAUGCAGCAGCACCAGAGCACUCCCACUCACGACCAGAAGAGGAGCACGAUUUUUGGAAAAAGUGGAAGCUUGGCCAACCCCAGGCCGCUGGCGCCCUCGACCUGUUUUUCACUGACAUCGGCCGUGAGAACGUCGACGACAUGAACACCGAGUGCGAACGCGCUGCGUUGAAAGCCGGAUUUGGUCAACUUCGGAUAUUUAUGGCUUCCUCCCCAGGAAAUCUUCAUGCAAGUAGCUACAUCCUUCGAGAAAUCAUUCUCGUGCGAAGAUAUAAUCGAAAAUUCAGGUGAAGAUGAGCGAGCAGUACUAGGCUCCACAAGUAGAGUAAGUACGUAGUCUUUACCCAAUUUACUGGGUCCUGUAAAAUCAAAAUAAUUCGAUCAUCAUCUCCUUCUCCUCGGCCUCGGUUACUUACUAGUUAGGCUUUUCGAACAACAUUUCGUAAGAACGCGACUACCUACGGGCGCGAAUUCUCGUGUAUCAACUCUAACGCAUCUGAAGAAUCGCCGUCGAGGAAUGAUCAACCCUCGCGGCAUGAUACCGCGAGCUCCGACGGAGUCAAGCCAGAGAAGGGUGCACUUGUGCCAUAUCCAUACGGAGGCUGUUGGGUCGAGAUUCCAAAGGACGCGAAGCGUGGCCUUCGUCCGAUCGCGCGUCUGCUCCUGAAGCAUACGCUUCUUUCGCAAAGAAACUAUUUCUACAGACCUGAGGACCACCGGCUCGUUCUCUUGCGCAAGACCAGAUCCCUUGUCCUAAAGGAGCGCAGAAAGGGAGAGGAAGGAGCGCCACUGCCCACCUCCAACGCAAGAACUUCGGCUCCAUACUACCGGAUACAUAUCAAUAAAAGAUAUAGUCUUGAUGAUGGUGAGCACUUGGCAAUUAGACUGGGACCGCGGUACGCACACGCACAGCUAAGAAGCCAGAAGCUUCACUGUAUAAACUGGACGAAAAGUGGCCGUAAGGCCAGCAUCCGCCCAGUCCGUUUGAUCAGGUUAAGCGAGCUGCAGUGUGGACAGAAUUUGGGGGAGAAGAUAUCUUCUCGCGUGGUGGCGAAUGGUGAUAUCAACAGCAGCAAACAUGUGUUGAAGAACAUCAACAUGUUCCCUACCAGGACCUGGGUUAGGAUUCAUCAAAUUCAGUGGCAAAGAGCAGGCCCAGCUCCAAUUCUACAAGUGUGGGAAGCUUUUCCACCAACACCAGAUACGGAGGAUAUGAAAGCCGAAGUGAUCGUUCAAAUUGUCGAGGGAAAUGGCCUUUUUUCAGCGCCGGGCCUCCAAGUGAGAUGCGGAGAGUACGCGCCGGGGUUCCUCAAGACGAUAUUUGGCUAUGAUAAAAUGAAGAUCAAAAAACUAGAACAAGACGGGAAUCAAGAAUGUGAAGAACCAAAUCCGCUAGAGUUGGAAGAGCUCGAGCCCUUUCUUCAAUUGCAGAGGCAUCUCAAAGGUAAACGCGUCUACUUUCUGGGCCACUCUUCUGGAGUCGCAGGAGCUCUUCUGCUAGCGCACUUAUUCGUUCCAAGCGCUGCGAGCGUGCGCGUUUUUGGAACAGGAGCGCUUGCUGUGGAUUUUCUCAAUUUCAGGCUCGUGCAAAAUCUCAGGAAGAGCAGAAGCAGUGCGAACGACAUUGAGGAUCAUGCUGAUGCUUAUCCUAAUAUUGCUAACGUCGACCCGACUUAUGCUGCGGAACACCAACCGCUGAUGACGUAUGCCAAGAAGGUGGAAAGAGUAGACCUGCUUGUCGUGGAGGCUCGACUCUUCUUCAAAAGUGUUGUGGAUGGUGACGCACCAUUCGCGGACACAGUGGCCGAGUGGCGGAAGGCGGAAAACCCAUCAAUAUUGGACGGGAGCAGCACUGCGCCCGAGUCGGAGAAGCCAGUGUUCGCGGAAGCAGUGGCGCAGGUUUACAGCAGAGGAAAGGAAGAGACGCAGAGGCUCGUCAAAUUGUGGGAAGCACAUCCGCAACACGUGAAUGUUCUCGACACGUUUCUUGUCCGUUGCAAGAAGAUCAAGAGCAUGGAAGAAGGCAUUAAUACAUCGACAGAAGCAGGCACAAGCGGACAAGAGAGUGACAGCGCGUUCUUUAAUCUUCCUUCUCCUCCGCCGAAGCCUGAAGACCUCGAGAAGCCGCUGGGCCUCGAAGAAGAACUGGCAAGCAAAAAGAUAUUUGUCUGGAAGCUUACCAUGCCCUUUCAGGGUGAGUGGGAACAGAAUCGAGAAAAAAUACUGUUUGUUGGUGCUGGACACUUCUACACUAGGCUUGUGAAGCUUAUUCCCAUUGGUCGUUUCCCUUUUGCAGAGGACGAACAGAAAAAGGAACACGACGGAGACCUGUUCAGGGUGCAGCUCAAAACCGCUUUUGGCUCUGCGAGACUGCAAAGACUUGACUAUCGCCUUCAGCUAGUUCAAUUGGCCAUUGAGGGAGUGCAUCAGUUGGCGGCUUACCGGGACGCGCUCUUGGGAUAUGUAAAUCAGCAUUCUCCUUUUAUAUCAUAA